AUGUCGAAUAAUAUAAUUAAUAUUAGAUCAGACAAUCAAGGAAAAAUUCACAUUGUUAGUUCUGCUCAUUGUGAUGAAUUUAGAAAUUAUCUAACAACUUCUGUUAAAAAAAAACAAGAAACUGUCAAAAGUAAUGAUAUUAUUAUUGAAUGUCAGGGGAAAAAAUACAAUCUUAAUUACAAUGUCGGAAUAGGAAAUAGUAAACUUAUUAAAUCAUGGUCAAAUAAAAUGAAUAACAGUGGAUUUACUAUAGAUUUAAGUGAUUGUAAAAGUGAAGCAGUUGAAGCUGCUUUAACAUUGUUACAUACAGGAACACUUAAAAUUGCAGACGUUAAAAUACUAGAUGUUUAUAGAGUUUUAGUUAAGUUAGAAUGUCAUACUCAAGAAGAAGACUUUUAUAAUUAUAUCAAUAAAUGUAUCAUUGGAAAAAAAGAUAAUACAUCAAUUUCCAAUGAAAAUGAAAAGUUAAAAUUCAAUAGUACAAUAUCAAAUAAUUCUGUAGUAUGUAACAAAUUGUUUCAAAAAUUGUUGGAUGAUGUAACAAACAUCCAAAAUGAUAUUAAUUUUCUUGUUAAAGAAAAAAAGAAUGUACCAAUUUGUGAAAAAAAAACUAUCAGUGAUUUACCAGAUAUAAAUGUCAAUAACGGAGUUUUAAAUACAAAAUUAAUCGUUGGGAAACAUGUUUAUGACUAUAAGAAUCUUGAAGAAAUUCGAAAACUUCCAGAAAUUUUGAAAAGAAAAAAAAAUAAUAUUGUUUUGGGAAAAAAAAAUUUUAGUAGCAAAGAAAUAAAUGAUCUUAAUAAGUUACCUGAUAUUACAGAUUAUGAAGAUGCUAAAAUUGUUGUGGGUAAAAAGGUUUACGACAUUUGUGAUAUUGAAGACUUUAAUAAAAUACCAAAUUAUUUUGAAAAAAUUAAAGAAUCUCAUAAUAAAAUUAAUGAUCAUACAGAAGAUGUUAGAAAAUAUAUAAGAAAUGAUUCAAGUCAAAGAUCUACUUCUGUUGAUUCAAAUACAAGUAGAAAUUCCUAUGGUUUUAAAAAAAUGCAAAUCAAACCAAAAGAAAUAAAAAAUGUUCUCAUUGAAAAAAAAAAUAAUAGACAUGGAAAUUUCACUAAAUAUGUUUCACAAAAGAAUAUUGUAACUCCACCAGGACAAGGUAACUAUAUUACAACUGAAAUUAACCCAUCAAAUAAUCAUUUUUCAAUAAGAGAUUCAACAGCUCGUGAAAACUAUCAACUACCUUCAAACUUUAAUACAAGUUCUAUAAAACUAAAAAAUUUACCUGUACCUAAAAAUAAUAAGAUUAUUAAACAAAAAAAGGAUGAAAAAAAAAAUUUACCAUUUGGUUUAUCGAACAAAAAAAAUUCAGAGUCAAAUGACAUUGUCUUCGUUCCACCAAUAGACUUUUUUAAAAAUCAUUACAAUGGACCAAAUUAUGAGCAUUAG